GACAGAUACUAGACUGGGCCACAGAUCAAGUCAGGGGUGGUAAUUCCUUUGUCUCCUGUUUCUUAUCCUGUGAAUUCUUUCAUUUCUGACAGGGUUCUUGGAGCAUUUCUUGUCCCAUCCUGCACGUCAGCGCUAUCAGAAUGCAUCUCUCUUCCUGUGUAAUUGAAUUAACAUGACUAAUUAAAUGAAAUGUGAUGAUAAUAGUGGUACACAAUGCCUGACCAGGACAAAAAAUUGAAGAACACAGAAAAAGCAACAGACAGAAAACCUCGUGGGAACUCUGUGAGGGAUUAUUCUGAUCUUAAAAGACUUCAGUCUCUCUUAAACGUUCAGUCAAGGAACCAACAGCUUCUAGGUUUACAUUUUGAAAGUGGUCAAACCAGUGUGACAAGAGAUUGGCAAAAUGUCAACAGAAAUGAACAAAACCGCCGUAGUCAAUGGCAAGAAUCAACAGAAGCUGUUGAGCUUGAAAACUUCAGUGUGACCUACAAGAAUGAGAGAAAUUUUAGCAAACAUCCCAAACAUAAAGUGUUUCAAGAGAUCUUUACAGCUUUAGUUAAGAACAGACUUGCCUGCAGAGAGUGGGUUAAUCAAGCUCCAUCCAUCCAUUUUCUUAGAGUAUUAAUCUGUCUGAGAUUAUUAAUAAGGGAUCCGUGCUAUCAGGAAAUGCUCCACAGCUUGGGUGGGAUUGAAAAUCUAGCUCAGCAUAUGGAAACAGUGGCAAAUGGCUAUCUUGAUCAUGGAGAAGAGCAGCAUAAUGUAGACAAGUUGGUCAACAUGACAUACAUUUUCCAAAAGCUUGCUGCUGCCAAAGAUCAAAGAGAAUGGGUUAUAGCAAGUGGAGCACAUAAAACCUUAGUAAAUUUGUUGUCCGCCAGAGAGAGCAAUGUGCUUUUGGGUGCCCUUCUUGCCCUGACUAGCCUAGCAGAAAGUCCAGAAUGUAGGGAGAAGAUAAGUGAGCUCACCAUUGUUGAGAACUUGCUGGUGAUAUUACAUGAAUACGAUUUGCUUUCUAAAAGGCUUACAGCAGAGUUGCUACGUCUCCUCUGUGCAGAGUCACAAGUCAAAGAGCAAGUAAAAAUGUGUAAAGGAGUUCCAGUCUUGCUCAGUUUACUUCAUUCUGAUCAUAUCAAACUCUUAUGGAGUAUAGUUUGGAUUCUGGUACAGGUUUGUGAAGAUCCUGAGACUAGUGUGGAAAUCCGGAUUUGGGGGGGAAUCAAACAGCUCCUUCAUAUAUUACAGGGAGAAAGAAAUCUUGUUUCUGAUCGCUCUUCAGUUGGAAGUUUAUCUAGUGCAAAUGCAGCAGGGAGAAUCCAACAUCUGCAUUUGUCAGGUGAUCUGAGUCCUGAUGAGAUGCAAGAAAAUACUUUCUCACUUCAAGCAGCUUGUUGUGCUGCAAUUACUGAACUGGUGCUCAAUGAGACUAACGCUUACCAGGUUGUACAGGCAAAUGGAAUAUAUACAAUAGCAAAACUUACUUUACCACACAAAGAAAGGAAUACUGGAAAAGCUAAUUUAUUACAGUGUUAUGCUUUCAGAGCCCUGAGGUUUCUCUUCAGUAUGGAAAGAAAUCGCCAUAUCUUUAAAAGACUUUUCCCUACUGACUUGUUUGAAAUCUUCAUUGAUAUUGGACAUUAUGUGCGUGAUAUCAGUGCUUAUGAAGAGUUGGUAUCAAAGCUAAAUUCACUAAAGGAGGAUGAAUUGAAGCAAAUUGCUGAAAGUAUUGAGAGCAUGAAUCAGAAUAAGGCACCUACAAAACAUAUAGGCAAUUAUGCAAUUUUAGAGCACCUUGGCAGUGGAGCUUUUGGAAACGUAUAUAAGGUUAGAAAACAGAAUGGACAAAAUCUCCUGGCAAUGAAAGAAGUCAAUUUACACAAUCCAGCAUUUGGAAAGGACAAAAAAGACAGAGACAGCAGUGUAAAGACCAUUGUCUCUGAAUUAACCAUCAUCAAAGAGCAGCUUUAUCAUCCAAAUGUUGUACGUUAUUACAGAACCUUCUUGGAAAAUGACAGAUUGUAUAUAGUCAUGGAGCUCAUAGAGGGAGUGCCACUAGGAGAACACUUUCACUCUUUGAAGGAAAAGCAACAGCAGUUUACAGAAGAAAGAAUAUGGCAUAUAUUUAUCCAACUUUGUCUAGCUCUUCGUUAUUUGCAUAAAGAGAAAAGGAUUGUUCAUCGAGAUCUUACUCCGAACAAUGUCAUGCUUGGGGAUAAAGACAAAGUUACGAUUACUGACUUUGGUCUUGCAAAGCAAAAGCAAGAAAACAGCAAACUUGCAUCAGUAGUGGGAACCAUUCUAUACUCAUGCCCUGAAGUUGUAAAGAGUGAGCCGUAUGGAGAGAAGGCUGAUGUCUGGGCUGCAGGAUGCAUCCUUUAUCAGAUGGCAACUCUGAACCCACCGUUUUACAGCACCAAUAUGCUCUCCUUGGCAACUAAGAUAGUAGGGGCUAUGUAUGAACCUGUGCCAGAAGGACUGUACUCUGAAAAAGUGUCAUUUACCAUUAAGAGAUGCUUGACUCCUGAUGCAGAGGCACGUCCAGACAUAGUGGAGGUCAGCUCGCUGCUGUCUGAUGUGAUGAUGAAAUACCUGGAUGUUCUAUGCACCUCUCAUCUCAUGUUGGAGAAGAAACUGGAUCGAGAGAGGAGACGAACCCAGACGUACUUCAUGGAGGCUAAUCGAAAUGCAGUAACCUAUCGCCAUCAGCUUUCCAUUUUAUCACAAAAAAAUUAUGAGAAGUUGAGUCUUCAUAGGAGCAGCAGUGGAGUAGCCAGUUGCAAAAGUGAAUUUUUUGAAAAUACUGACCACCCAGCUGAAAGUUGUCAAUCUCCAUGUGGAAAAGAUGAGGAAAGAAUAUAUGAAGAAAACCUGGUAGAGCAUCACAGCACUUCAGAGAACUCUGAGAAAGAUAUGUUCUCUGAAUUAGAUGAUGAGCUGGACGUAUUGGACAACUCAAGCAGCUCCAGUUCAAGUCAUUUUAAAGAGUCUGCUAUUGGUAUAAUUAAACGAAGUCUUAGUGCUUCUGAAAGACAAUCUCAGGUUAGAGAUUAUAUUGAAGGUCCCGGAUCAAGACAGCGACCAGAGUUCAUACUACAAAAUGUGGUGUCAUUGUCACCAGCAUCAGCAGGAAUUGCUGUUUCACAAAGGAAGGUGCGUCAGAUCAGUGACCCUGUUCAGCAGAUUCUUAUUCAGCUGCACAAAAUUAUCUUCAUCACUCAACUUCCUCCAGCUUUGCAAUUCAACUUUAAAAGGAGAAUCAUUGAGAGAUUCAAGAAGUCCCUCUUCAGUCAGCAGAGCAAUCCUUGUAAUCUGAAAUCAGAAAUGAAAAAGCUGCUACAAGGUUCUCCUGAAUUGAUUGAGCCUAACUUCUUCACAGCAGAUUGGCAUGUGGCACUUCUCUCUUCAGGUCAAAAUAUGUUGCUUCCAGAUGAGAGAAAAGGUAUUGUUGGCACUUCUGACAUAGCAGAAGGGAUGACAUAUGAACAGUUGCAGACUCUAAUUGAAGAGAUUCUAGAGGAAAGCGGUUAUUACAAUUUCUCUUCUAACAGGUAUCUCUGCUAUCCAAGGGGGACAAAGGACUAUCCAGCAAAAGAAGAGAACUUGUAAUUCUGAACAAAGGUUUCAGAAUUGAUCCUAAUGAAGUCAACCUGCCUGUACUUCAGCUGAGUCUGUCUGAUUACCAGAGGGGCAAGCCUUGCUCAUUAAAUAGCAUCCAGAUGGAAUACCAGUGUGGGACAGCUUCAAGAGACCUCACAUUAUAUUUCAGGAUGACACUGUAAUCUUUAGCUUUGUUCACAGCAUAAGCACUUUAGAAGAAACAUUGGGAAUGAUGCUUCCAGUUUUAUACAUUAGGAACAAAACACAAUUCCCAACAGUACAUAUGUUCUAUUUUUGUAAUUUUUUUUAAAGAAUCACUGCAUAGUCAGGUUUUCUGGGACGAUAGUUCAAAGCCUGUAACCUUAUUUAUAUCGAUGUAUGUCUUCUCUGGGAAGAUAAAGAGCUUUGUGAUAUGACCAGAUAGAAAAUACAUGUAGGUUUACUGUACCAGACUUAGAAACAGAUUAAACAUCAUCAGUAUGAUUUUAAUAUUUAGAAGGAAUUUCUCUACUUAGUUUGGAUAGUAGCAAAUUCUAAUGCUGGUAUGAUAUAUUAAUAGUCAUUAUUUGCAACUGGCAUAACUUCUGAAAUUAUUGUUAUUUUAAAAACUGCUCUUUUUGCUCCUAUUUCAAAAUGUCUGCAUUUUAUAUGUCUAUCUUCGGGAACACAUUGUAUAGAUCUGUGUAUACAAAAUGUGUCAUGUACUUUUAUUUACAUUUUAUAUACACAUUCAUUUACUGUUUAAUGGACUAAGUAAAAUACAUGUUUUGCUGCUAAUCAAAACUACAGUACUUAAAACCACUUUCUGAAUUUCAAUAUUUAUUCACUCUGUAUUAAAUGUAGAUGAAAAUGUCUCACUGCAGUAGCAGAGAAGCUCUUUUUUGUCUAUAGUUUAGUGAAAAAUACUUAAUAAGUAGAAGGCAUUUUCUCUACAGUUGAUACUGUGGCAGUCAUACUGUAGAAAAUAACCAGAAUGCAUUGGUGAUGUAGCUCUACUAUCUCUGUUGAAAAUUAUUAACAUUACAGUCAUCACAUGAUUUAUAUCAUGUGACUACAAGUAAUUUGAUACAGAUAUAUUUUGUGUACUCUUCCUAGACUGGCAAAAAUUUGUUGGGUUUGGGUUUUUUUUGGCUGGGUUUUUGUUGUUGUUGUUGGUUUUUUUUUUUUUCCCCCCCAGUGAUUUGUUUGUAACUAUAAAUAGCUAACUGGAAUUAAUUUCCUAGCUCAAGUGUAUUAUUUUACCUAUAAUGUGUGACUUCAACAUUCCGAAUUAUGAAGCAGGGCCCAAUGGGUAGUGUAAAAAAAAAAAAAAAAAAUUUAAAAAUCUAUCCUCUGUUCACAUAUACGUAAUGUACAAAGUCAUCAGGUGCUAUGUUUGCAUCUAUAAAUGGUACAGUAGUGAUAGCAAAGGUUGCUAAGGGACAAAAAAUGUGAUUCUUGAGGUACCACCAGCAGGUAGCUAUAGUUUCCACCAUAAAUCACCAUAGAUGAUGCAUUUCCUGCAAAGUUACCACUGAAAAUCAAUUCCUAGUUGAGUGUUAGUUUUGCUUUGCUAGAAUGGAGCAAAAGAACACAGUGUGGUUAAAUCUGAUGGAUUAUAAAGUAAAUCCAUGCUAUAUAUGGCUGCCAAUCAACUAAUUGCAUGAUAUUUUAUCCAAAAAGACUGCAUUUAAAUUCAACCUUGAUAUGUUUGUUCUGCUGAAAUUGCAUAUGAAUUCUCAUAAUCAUUUUCCAUUAAAAUAGUGUAAAACCAAUCAACACUUACAGUAACCUAUUAUAAUAUCAUUUUGCAGAAAUGUCUUUAAUAAUUUUAAAUUGUCAGAGUGCACUGAAUUCCUUAGAAAUAAUUUGGACCCUACUUCAACUGUGUUUUGAAAUGUCAUUGUUUAUAGUUUGUCUGGAUUUGUGUGAUCUUCAUUCAGAUUUGAUGGCAUUAUUUUUGUUGAGAAAUAGAGUAUGAUUAAUUAGUCUUAUUGUGUUUCUUUUAAUGUAUUUUUAGUGCCAUUAACUUUGAAGCAUAUUCUGUGCUCAUUUUUGUGACUGUGAAAAGUGGAAUGCUAGCUGGCGGCCAGCUGAGGAGGGCAGACUUCACUACAGUUAACUACAAGAGGUGGAUUGGUGGCAUGUACA